AUGACAUCCGUCAAAAAAAUCGAAAAGAUAACCAAAGCUGCGAAGAAGUUGGACUGUGCGGUAUUAUUAAAAACUGGGAGACCGCCUGGAGUGAUGCUUGCGGAAGGGGAGAUUGGGAAAGCCGACGAAUGGUUGGACGUUGUGAAGAAUUUAAGAUAUAAGAAUUUCGAAUUGAUGAAGAAAGAAGAAGUCGAUUGGAGGAGAUUGGAUGUACCAAUUGGGAAGGUCAAGCAAUUGGAGAGUUUGAAGGACUAUGGGAUAGAGGUGGGGAAGGAUGAAAUUUUGAGGAAGUGGUGGAGGCUACAUAUGGGUUUUGUAAAGGGAGAGGAUGAAGAUUGA